AAUCAAUCUGCAGCCGCCGAGACCACUCUUAUCGGCUCUGGUAGUCGCGUACCAACAAGUAACAGCUCCAUUCAGUGCUCAUUUCGCGACUAGCCGCGAUUCGAAGUGGUCGCGACACCGCAGCAGCCAUUUCUUUUGAAUCGGUGCCAGUAGAUCCUGCGUUUAAAAUAGUUUCUCUUGAACCGCCACAGGAAAACCUGCACCGACAAUGGCGUUCUUCAAAACAAUCUGGAAGGCCAACACCAAGCACCAGAAACUCUCCGAAGAACUGGCACUGCAGAACAACAAAGAUGCCGAAUCCGAAUCAAGCGAAGUAAUUGAAAAUGAAAACGACGUUGUUACGUUUAAAUUAAAAUACUUAGGUAGCACAGUAGUAGAAAAAAUUACAGGAGAUAGUAUCAGCACAGAGUCUGUCAAAAACAUAGUGAAGACAGCGAAGGCGAAGGGGAGGAAGAACCUGCAAAGGGUGAACCUUGCCAUCUCCCUAAAAGGAAUCGCCGUCAUGGAUCUACAGGGAAACGACAUCUUCAAAGUCUCCAUAUACAGAAUAUCGAACUGUUCGACAGACCCGACCCACCGCCAGAUCUUCUCCUUCAUCUCCACCGACUCCAACGAGACCAUGGAGUGCCACGCGUUCGUCUGUUCGAAGAGGAAGAUUGCGGAAACGGUCACUCUCGCCGUCGCCCACGCCUUUAGCACGGCCUACGAGGCCUGGAGGAUCCUGCCCACCACGAAGGAGUUCCAGAAUAACGCGAUGAACUUGAAAGAGAACGAACGCAACAUCAUCAACCAGAAGGUAGAGGAGAAGGUGGACGACGUCGACGGCGGCAAGAUUGAGGACGUGGUCGAGGAGAAGCUGAUCGAUUUCGAUGAGGAACUGGACAACGAGGAAGACUCUUUUAUCUUGGAGAGGCCUCCUUGCGAGCAGGGCACCAACAACCAGUGGGUGUGUUUCGAGGACGAUUUCGUGAGAGAAACCCCUUCGAAGCCCCACUGCCAAGUAGACUUGAUAUUCGCUUGAUUCUGUUCGAACAGAACGGAAUCUAAGCCAUGGUCGUACGCCUAAGUGUCAUUUAUCUAUACUCUAAGAUGCUAGUUCUAAAUAUGCAACUAUGUAGUUAAUUUUUAAAGUGCUUGUAUCGGAGACGGCCACUGGCUGGCAAAAUGCAUUUUGUAGAGAACAAUUUCGAUACAAGUAGCACCAGAAUGAAAAGUAGAGGUAAAAAGUAUGUACCCGUCAAGUUUUCGGUGGCUAAAUCUGAACCAAUUCCAUUCAUUCGUGUCUUAAAAAGUCGCCGUUUACAAUACAGUUGCAUUAGCUUGAAAAAACUGAUUCAAUUUCCUGGUGUGGCUACCAACGAACGGGCUAUCAUCGAGCGGCAAAAACUUCGCGAAGAAUUGACGAUUUGAUUGGACUUCAUGCUCUGACGACUUCAGAAAUAAACCGGCAAACUUUUGGUGCUAUCUAUUUUAUUAGACUGUAAUAUGUAACAUGAUUUGUACAUAAAUAAAUUAGGUAAUAAUAAUAUAUAUAU